AUGGAGAGCCACGACGCCGCCGUGCGCCUCAUCGCGGAGCGCGUCCGGCACUUCUCCUCGCAGCAGAAGCCGUUCCGGAUCUACCACGGGUCCACCAACAGCACGCGGACCUCCCAGCGGCGCCCCGACAACACCGUCGACACCAGCGCCCUCACGCGCGUCCUCUCCGUCGACGCUGCCUCGCGGACGGCCCUCGUGGAGCCCAAUGUGCCCAUGGACGCGCUCGUCGAGGCCACGCUGGCGCACGGCCUCGUGCCGCCGGUGGUCAUGGAGUUCCCCGGCAUCACCGCCGGUGGCGGCUUCUCCGGCAUGGCCGGGGAGAGCAGCUCCUUCCGGCACGGCGCGUUCGACGCGACCAUGCGCUCUGUCGAGAUGGUGCUGCCGACGGGGGAGGUGGCGCGCGCGUCGAGGACGGAGCGCCCGGAGCUCUUCUGGGGCGCGGCGUCGGCGUUUGGCACCCUGGGCGUGGUGACGCUGCUGGAGAUUGAGCUGCGGGAGGCGAGGCGGUACGUCGCGCUGAGCUACGCGCUGACGAGGAGUAGCAGAGACACGCUGGCGGCGAUGGAGGAGGCGGAGGCGGCGGCGGAGACGGAUUACAUUGACGGCAUCGUGUUCGCCAAGGACGCGACGGUGGUAUGCGUGGGGAGGCUCACGGACGACUUGCCGGAGGGGAAGUCGCCGCGGCGGUUCUCGCGGCGGACGGAUCCCUGGUUCUACCUCCGCGUCCGGAACGUCCUGAGACAGCUUCAACAGAAGCCUACGGAAGCGGUGGUCGACUACAUACCGCUCCGGGACUACCUCUUCCGGUACGACCGCGGCGGCUUCUGGGUCGGCCGGUACGCCUUCCGGUACUUCCUGACGCCGUUCAACCGCGUCACGCGCUGCGCGCUGGACCGAUUCAUGCACGCGCGCGUCAUGUACCGUGCCGUGCACCGCAGCGGCCUCGCCGACACGCACAUGGUGCAGGACGUCGGCGUGCCCUACGCCGCCGUCCCGGACUUUUCCGCCUGGCUCGACGCGCAGUUUGGCAUCUACCCGCUCUGGCUGUGCCCGCUGCGCGUGCAGCGCGACGCCCCCGACGCGCAGCACGGCCUGCACUCGGAGUUUGGCCGGCCCGGCGCCCCGAAGCUGAUGAACUUUGGCGUCUGGGGGGAGCUGCGCGGGGCCCGUACACGGCGCGAGGUGGUGGGGAGGAACCGCGAGCUGGAGAGAAAGGUGCAGGCGCUGGGGGGCAAGAAGUGGCUGUACGCGCACGCAUACUACCCGGAGGACGAGUUCUGGGCGCACUACGACAGGGAAUCGUACGAUAAGCUGCGGGAGCGGUACGGCGCGGGGUACCUGCCGAGCGUGUACGACAAGGUCAAGGUGGAUGUGGAAGCGGAGGAGGCGGCGGCGCGGGCGACGUGGCGGUCCCGGGCGAGGCACGGCGUCAAGGAGAUUUGGCCGGUAAGAGGCGUGGUUGGGUUCUGCAAGGCGGCGGUGGGAGGUGAUUACUUGCUGCAGAAGAGUAGGGGAAAGACGGAGGAGGAUGCAGCGAGUGCGAGUAGGACGCCGUGA